GCCAAAACAGGCAGUAGUCCAUACUAGCCUACUACAUAGUACAUGAGAAGACAGUCGAAUUAACGGGUGCGUCGGGACGGGUCGCCAGGGUUACCGAUAAACCCGUGUACUAGCAUACUAAAGAGUGUUAUUGAACAGUGAUAGGGAAGUAAGGGGUAACGCUUGGUGGCGCCCUUUUUUGGACACACUAUAUAGUAAGCUAGUAUGCGGAUUCUGGACGUAGCCAUUAGGACCGUGUGCCGACAUUAGGGCUGGAAUAGAAGAGGUUCUCGCAAUGAUCUCGUAAGCCUUAGGAGGGGAAAGUAUCCUGAACCACCUAAACAAAGGUAACAGCAUUUCUCUUUACCCUGCAGCUGCACUGCCCUGGUGGGAGAGCAUGGACCCUCUGGCUGAGACAGACCGAGCGACUUCUGACCUGCUGAACCGAACGGACCUGCGUGCUCAGGAUGUGCACACAACCACUGAGAAAGCUGCACCUGCACACACAGGUUGUGGAGCAGUGCUGGUGCUGGGCGCCGUGUCCGUGGCCUCCCUCAGUGGUCUCAUGCUGGGCUAUGAGAUGGGUCUGAUCUCUGGAGUGCUGCUCCAGCUCAGGGAGGUACUGUCUCUCUCAUGCCCGCAGCAGGAACAAGCCGUGGGCGCCCUGCUGCUCGGGGCGUUCAUGCUCUCAGUGGCAGGAGGCACCAUCGUGGAUCGUUAUGGACGCCGUUUCUCCAUUAUCCUUACGGCGGCGCUGUGUGCAUGUGGCACGCUGCUGAGCGUCUGCGCUCCCUCCUUCUGGACGCUGGUUGUGGGCCGUGUAUUGGUGGGAAUGGCCGUGGCACUGUCUGGCACGGCGGCGUGCCUGUACAUAGCGGAGGUUGCGCCUGCUGCCUGGCGUGGGAGGUGCGUGUGUGUGUACGAGCUGAUGGUGGUCCUGGGUGUCCUGCUGGGAUUCGGGCUGAGUUGGGCAUUUGCAGGAACGGUGGACGGUUGGAGGUUUACUUUGAGUGGAGUUCUGCUGCCUGCAUUCCUGCAAAUGGCCAUCAUGCCUGUGUUGCCCCAAAGCCCACGCUUUCUCCUGACCAGGCACAGGCAGAAGGAGGCACGGAAAACUCUCGCCCGUUUACGAGGGACUGUCCCAGACGGCGUGGAGGAAGAGAUGAAGGUCAUUAUGGCAGCUCUGGGUGCUGAGCAUCAGCAGGGCUUUCUGGACCUAUUCCGCUCUCAGGCCAACAUGCGCAGGAGGAUGUUUGUUGGAAUGGCGCUGGUGUUUCUUCAGCAGGCAACAGGACAGCCUAACCUCCUGGCUUACGCCUCCACAGUGCUGCGCGGAGUUGGAUUCCACAGUAACGAGGCUGCUACACUCGCCUCCACCGGCCUCGGGGUGGUUAAACUAGUCGGUACUGUCCCAGCAAUUUUACUCGUGGACCGCGUCGGGCCCAAAGCUUUUCUUUGCGUGGGCGCUGUUGUCAUGACACUGUCGACGGCAGCUUUGGGAGGCAUAACACUACAUAGCCAAACACAAGUGGCUAGCCUGUGCCAGAGCCCAGGCCAGCUAAACCAAACCCCAGCGUGGAGGGGACAUGAUGCUAGCAUUAGGACAAACGCAAAUCAUGCUGAUUUUUUGUCUGAACAGAAUAACACUCAUCUUCCAUUAAACCCUUUUAAACACACUCAGGUACCCUGGAUUUUAAACUACACCAAGGACCACAGAGCAGUAGUAAUGAACUCUGCGACACCAGCAGAAGAUUCUUGGAAAGAGAGAACUGAGAUUUCAUUAGAAUCCAUGUCGGAGAGUGAGGUGUCUCCUUCCCUGAAAUGGAUCUCUCUGGUCAGUCUGCUUAUCUAUGUGGCAGCUUUCUCCUUCAGUCUGGGACCAAUGGUCUAUGUGGUUUUGAGCGAGAUUUUUCCCACCGGGAUCCGAGGAAAAGCCGUGUCCGUGGUGUCUGCCUUCAACUGGGUCAUGAACCUGCUCAUAUCAAUGACCUUCCUCACACUCACAGAAAAGAUCGGCCUCCCCAGCGUGAUCUUCUCAUAUGCUGCUAUGAGCUUCGUGCUGCUGAUUUUCGUCAUCGUGUUCGUGCCGGAAACGAAGGGCAGAUCACUGGAGCAGAUCUCCAAAGAGCUCGCCAUGAAGAACCAUCUCGACAGCACAAUGCUGUGCCACCCGUGGCGAAAGAAACCCAAGUCUGAGCUGUCACAGGAUGAGAAAUCCUUCACAUCAGUCUGAUCCCAAACCAACGAGGAACAAGGAUAAAGUAUGAAAAAGAAGAGUUUGUUAAUCAGAGAUGGACGUGAACGCUGGAUACACAACCUAAUCAACACAAAUUAGGUGACAAAGGCUGAGCCUACCCUGAUCAGUAAAAUGGCUAAAGUGGUGUCCUGCCGUAUCUGUGAGCAGCACACGCAGACUCGGGUACCGCAAAUCUGAAAUGUAGCCGUUUAUUAUUUUUAUUUGUCUUAAUCCUUUUAAAACGUGACUCUUAACAUGAAUUGUUUUCGGCCAUAUCUGUAAUGUGAAAAAGCUGAAUAGAUUUAUACGUUUGUCUCGUAACGUUUUACGAAAUAGUAUUUCAUAUGUGAAGAUGUUUUCUGCUUUCGCUCGUUGUUACACAUCAUCAACACAUCAGGGAUUCAUCCUACCGCUGGCUGGAACCUCCUCCAGGAAACGCACUUUCGGACUUCCUUCAGCAGUUGGAAGACGAGUAUCAUGUAAAGAAAUAUCAGCGGCGAUGCACUUUGAGUCAACGGCAUCGUCUUGGGCAUAUUACCCCUGCUAAACCUCACUCCUAAAGCAGUGUGUAGUAUGAUCACGUCACAUCGCGACUAUACGCACGAUUGGACCGCGAUAUAUUUUAUAUGUAAAUAUCGUUGGGAACAGGAAGAAAGAAAAACGGACCUUAACUUAUUUGUUGUGAAAACUUCAGGCAAUGGCUGAAACUCUUGUCAAUCUUGUUUGUUUACUCGUUACCGUGGUUACAUUAGUGAUCAACAAAUAUAUCCUUUUAUACUAUGAUAGGCUUUCUUUUCAAAAUUAGUAAGUUAAAAAUGUCUCCAUUAUAGCCAAGUGUUUGUCCUUAUACCGCAGCAGUGUUCUCGAAUCGGAUUGGUCAGAAGGUGUUGAUGAUAUGAUCGCUGGUUCUUCUGAUUUAUAUAUUAGCGUUUCUAUGGCAACAGCUCGAUCACAGGGGCUUUUAAAAUGGCGCUUUUGAUAACCAGCUUUAAAACAGUGAUUGAUUUGUCUGUGUGUGUGUGAGAUGUUUAGCAUGAUUAGCAUUUAUAACGUAGAAGGAGUCUCCAGUGUCUGAUGUUUUGGCGAGGGAACAAACCGUUCUAACGGAAUAGCUACAGGAGCUGAGUUCCUGACUUCGCAGACGUUCCACAGCAAGACAUCAGAGGUAAGUGGUUUGUGUUGGCAGAUGGCUGUGGUAUAAGAUGAAUAAAUAAAACACUUUGAGACAUCGUAAAGGAAAAAAGGAUCGACGCCAUGACACGCUGUUGAGGAUUUUUCUAUGACCGAACACAUUGUGGUGUUUUAUUCCUUACUUGUCGAAUACAGUGGAGAUAAAAAUAAUCUACACAUCCCUGUUUGUUUGUUUUGCACUUCAGUUUUGUAGGAGGCUAGAUCAUAUUAAAGGUGGGAUUGGAUGUAAGAUCUAAUGAUUUAGCUUUUAUAGGGGUGUGUAAUACUUUUUAUAUCCAGUAUUCAAUAUUUUAAUAAUGUUUUAUUAAUUACACAUAAAAUGUAUUUCUAAUAUAAUAACAAUCCAUUGAAGAAUGUAAACCUAAAAUAAGUACAUUUUUAAUAUAAUCUUAUACUGAGAAAUAUUUGUUUAAGAAUUUUUUUUUUUUGCAGUGGGUUUACUUUUGCAGAGAUCUGAUGCUAGCUGUGCCACUACUGUAUUUACACUGCACUUUUGAUUCAAGUGCACACUACCUUGAUGUCAUGAUUCGGAUUGAACUGUGAAAAAUAAAGCAGUCUAACACUAA